AUGAACAAUUAUAAAAUAUUUAAAGAACUAAAAGAUCAAGAAUGGAAACAGUUUAUAAUUGAAAACAGUGACAAUGGAUUGGAAACAACUAUAUUUUUAAAAUCUCUUUUUACCAUCGAUUCAUAUUCAAUUAUUAUUACCGACUUGACAAUGGUUUGGUGUAAUUAUUCAAAUUUAGAAAGCAUAAUAAAUGAUAAAGAUGAAUAUAACGAACAUUUAGAUUCGCCAAUCGAAAAAAUAUUGGACAUCUUAAGAGACUCGAUAAAUGAAAAUAAAAAAGACACAAGUUAUAAAUUGUCAAUACCUAAAAGUCAUUAUAAAUUAUCAUUUUCAUUAUUCACAAAGAUAUCAUUCUAUUCAUUUAAGUGGAUAUUUCAAUGCGAACCAAUUGAAGAGAUUAUAGAUUCAAAUUCGUGGAAAGUUCAUUCUCAAUGGAUCAAAGAUAAUUUUAUUAUUCCUACAAUGUUUUUAUGUAAAAAUUUAUUAAAUACAAAACAGCUAUUAACCAAGCAAUUGGAAAAAGUUUUAAAAUAUGUAAAUAGUAAUAAUAUUAAUAAUAAUACCAACACAAGUAUAACCAGUAACAAUAGCAAUUUAAAUAAUAGUAGUUUAUCAGCAUCUCAAUUGGUUGGUGACUCCAAGAGACUGAACCUUUCGAUCACAAGUAAGAAAAUAGGUGUAAAUAUUUACCAAGCAAUUCCUAUACUUUCAGAAACUAUCAAACCGGAAGAUUUCAAAGAUAAUAAUUUUAAUUUUUUUAAUGACCCAAUUUUUUCCCAAUAUUAUGACUUUUUAAAUCACAGCAACAAUAACAAUAUCGAUAAUAGUAAUAGCAAUAAAAAUCAUAAUGUUAGCAAUAUAAACGAUUUUUAUGAUAAAGAAAAUAGUUUUGAUUACAGCAAUGGUAACCAACUGGAUUUAAAUGAAACCGUAGAAGAAAACUUUUUAGAUAAUGGUAAUAGUAAUCUAUCAUCAUCAAAGACAAGAGUGAUUAAUAAAACAACUUCGGCAACAUCAGCCACAUCAACCAAUUCAGAGUUAAGUCUUUUUUAUGAUGUAUGCUCCACACCUAAAAAAAACUAUGGAAACAAUAGUAGAAACAGAAAUAAGACCAAUAGCAGUAACCCAUCAAUGUUAGCAUCUCUGCCAUCAUCCAUUUCAAAUAUACAUCCCAAUUCAUUAUCGUCAUACAGCUCUUCACAAAACUUUGAUGAUUUUAACACAACAAACGAUUUCGAUGAUAGCAACAUAACGAAAAUAACAAAUAACCUAAAAGAUCAAUUCGAACCAAAUGAAAAUGAAGAAGUUGAGGAAAAAAAAAGAAAAUUAGAACUAGAAGAAAAACUUGAACAAUCCAAACAAAAGCAACUAUAUAAAAAAAAGAAAACAAAAUUUGUAUAA